AUGGUCCAAUGUAUAGGCAUUAUUAGCCCAAUUGAGAUUGAGGGAUGCUCAGCAUGCUUGAGGAUGUGGCAGCUCUUUGGUGCAUAUAGGGCCGAGCUCCAAGCAGAUCAGAAGGCGCAACCACCUGAGGAUAUGGACGUCCGUCUGGACCACGGCAUCCCCGCAGAACACCUGCGGUGUAAAGCGUAUGUCGGUCCGCAGGCGGCCUUGGUCGAAGGAGCUCCUUGGCCAUCGAGUCGGAUCGUUCGAAGGAAGCUGCGGCGCAUGCGGCGCUUGAAGACUGAGGAAUUUGUUGGUGGCUCCAACCCAAAGGCCAUUGCAGAGAUCCCCAUCGGCGCGCCCAACGUGAGCGCGGCGGAGCCCUGGGCGAUUCGAAUCAAGUUGCAACUGGGCGAGGCGCGUGGACACACGCCAAACAAAGCGCUGCCGCUUAAGGAGAAGUGCGUCCUGCCCAUUUUGGAUCCUUUAGUUCCAUGUGAUGACAGUGAUGUGUUGGAUCCGGGAUUUGAAGUCUUGCGGCUGGUGCCCCGCACGGCGGUGUCCGCGCUGCAGGCGGCAGCGGGAGAGAUGCUGCGCCGCGCCGUGGAGGCGGGUGUCGAGGGGAAGGACAUGGAGCAGUGGCUCGGUGAGAACGACCCGUCUCGGAGACUCCAGAGACCUCCCAGAAAGGAGAAGAGGUUAAUCUUCGGGAUUCGAGAGUUGGGCCCUGACACCAUCUCCUCCCGAGAGGCCAGCCAUGCGCUGGAGACCGCAGCGCGGAUGGGCCUGCGUCCCGUCGUCGAGCUCCUCCUCUCGGCGGGCGCCCACGCCACGCUGCUCGCAGCGCGGAACGCCGAACGCGCGGAGAACGGCGCGGAGAUGGCGCGGGACGAUCUUUUUGUAGCCGCAGAGAGCAACAAGACGCAGCUCUUGGCACGGGCCAUCGAGGAGCGCAUGCCUCUAGUGGCAGAUCGUUUGCUGGCAGAUGGUUUGGGCAAACUGGAGACUCUCUCGCCGGAACCUGACGGUCUUUGGGCGCGGAAGGCCCAUUGCGCUGGCGCUUGGUCGGUUCUCACUGCGCUCUUGGAGCGUGACUUGGCGGAGCCAGUGGGGACGGCCAGUGGGGAGGCAGAUUUGACUUUGCCUCUUCGAGGGCUCUGGCACAAUGCCGCCUUUGCCUUUGGUGGAGACCAGAUGCCCUGUAAGCCUCGCUUGCUCCUGGACUAUGCGCUACGUGAAGACACCAAGGACAUGGACGCAGCCCUACGGACCUGCUUGGACCACGGCCGGACGGAGAUCGUUCGAGAAGCUCUCGAGGUGGGAGAGAUGGAGGAGUCAGAUUGGAUGUUCGCGGUGGUGGGUAUUGGCUGGGUCAAACCUAAGGACUUGGAUUUUGAUUAUCAACGAGGCUAUAUGACGUGUCCUGAAGCAGAUGAGCAGAUUAAAGCUGAUUUGGAGGAGCAGGAUUUGGUGGCAAUUCAUGUGAAUGAGGAUGAUUUGCCGGCUGUGGCAGUUUGUGAUCGAUUCUUGUUGGAGACUAUGGUCAAUGGAAAGACAGAUGCAGUUGAGAAAAGUUUGCCGGAUAACGAUAUCAUCUUUGUUGCCAUGCAGCACUGUGAUUCAUUUUCUGCCUUCUUCGGGCUCGGCGCGGAUGGAAUGUUUCAUGAGGUUCGAGUGCUGCAGCCUGAGAUUGAAAAGUAUACCUAUUCUGCACAAGCUCCCAAACCGCUGCAAGACUUCCGGGGCGCCAACCGAGAAGCAGCUACCUUGACUUUGAUUGAUAGAUCUUCAGUGGAUGGCGACAAAGUUGCAGCUGUCGAGAUUUCAUUGUUUCAAGGUGCUGACCAGGACGAGAAACUCAUCGACCAAGCAGAGCAAUUCCAGGACAAAGUGAUCAUUGUCAUUGGAGUUCGUAGCAAGUACAAUGCGAGUAAAACGCCUCCGCUUGCUUUGACAUCAAGCUAUACUUCCAAACUCUUUUUGGCGCCCGAGGGCGCCGCUGAGGUCAAAGCCAUGGCAGCAAUGGAAAUGCAAAACGUUGAGACGCAGAAGAUUGCCGCGCAUAGCAAUGCAGGCCGUGAUUGGGAAGCGGAGACAUACCUGGUGACAUGCAAUUGGCUUCGCCGCGUGGAAGGUCCUGCAACAGAUCACUUGUACCAAGUGAACUUUGCAACACUUGAUGUUCCUGUUGGUGCCGACAGCAUUCGCACAAAGGAUGGCAGCAGAAUUUGGUUUUCAAGCCAGCUUCGAGACAUCACAGGAAGUGUGACAGUGUGGGUGUCUGAAGAAGCAGCGCUUGCCAUCAAUUCCGACGACAAUUUGAGCGCCCAGCUGUUUGAAGAAGCGUGGCAGCAGCGGGACUUGCGCUUUUUGGUAGCCAAUGUGAAACUUUGGGCAAAACCUCUCAUCCCUUGCAAGCUGUCCCAGAUCGUGAUGAUGGGGCAUCAGGGGUUGGGAGCUCAAUAUGUAGAUGGAUCUGACGCUGUGUGUCGCUUUGGUGGCCUCAUUGUCUGCUUUGUGACGGGCGCAGCAAGGUCAAAGCUGACAGACCUUGGAAGCGGAGAGGCCAUUACAAACUAUUGCAAAGAUCUGCUUGGCGAUGAUGGCGAUGCAGUCUAUACAUUGCAGACCUUUGCUGAUGAAACCCGGCAGACUGACUAUCAGCUGGACAAACACUCAGCGCUGGUUUACAUCACGGGUCAGUCGGGUGACAAGUCGGAGAAAGUCUACUUGGUGGAAGGCAUGCAGAUCUUGGAGCCACCGGUUGUUGCCAAAGCCAGGGAGACCGUGCCGAAGCGCGGCAAGGCAGCGCCGAAACGCAAGCAGUCGAGCAUUACGACGCCAGAUUCUUUGACAAAGUCUCGGCCCCUGAACGAGGAGACGCCGACAAAUGGCUUUGAUGCUUUGUUGGUUCAUUGCAAUGAAAAACAUGGAAAUUGGGCAGAGCACCGGAAGCAGCUAGUCUUUCAAGCGCGAGAGGUUGCUGCAGCAGCUGCUAGGGAGCUGCCGGAGAAUGGAGUACCGCAGGCGUUUGGUGAAUCAGCCGUUUCGUUGCCAGAAGCAGAAUCGCUUCAGACCCAAAUGCCUGGACCCGCCUCCAGAGGCGAUCCAUUGGGCAAAAACGAACCCGGUGAAGAAGAUGCGGGAUGCGAUGAAACGCAUGAAGUUUGCAAUUUUGACACGCCAAGCAAAGCUCCACAAACUCUCAUUGGCAUUGAUUUCAUGCAAGAUCCAAAGCCAGUGCAGCAUUUCGAAGCUAUGCGCGCCAAGUUGGAGCUUUUAAACAAAGAAGGACAGAAACUGCACCAAUUGCAUCAAUCCGAAUCCGUUGAAGAUGUGGCAGCAGCGACUGGCUCGGAAGAGCGCUGCAAGAGAAUUGUUUUGGAUGUGCAACAUGAAAUGAAAAAGCUGUUGCGAACCAACAAACAUAUUUUUCCGGAUUUGCUUGCAAAGAUGACCGUGUCAGAUCCGCCGCCUACGAAGUCUGAUGAAGCAUCUUCCCGCUUUAAUGCGCAAGCUAUGGCGGUGGCUGUGCCAACUCAAGCUCCGCUUUCGGCUUUUGACGCCGAGACAUAUCCGACAUGCUUCGUCGAAUUUUUCUAUGGAGACUGCGCGCCCAACAUGUGCAGCCGACCAAACCGCAAUGUUUCACACGAAGAUAUUUUUCGUAGUCUUCUCUUGAGAGAGGAACUUGAAUACUCUGUAGAAACAGACGACCCAGGUGCACCUUACAAAGCAAAUGACAAGUCGCGGUUCGACGCCGCCGAGUUUUGCUGUGUUUUUGGAGAUAAUGUUCGCCGCGUGAAGCUUUUGCAAUCUGUGAACGCUGCUUUUGAGAGGCAAGGCUUUGAAGAAGACGUUCGAUUGAUUUCGCAAGCUUCUGCAGCCGAUUUUUUGCAAGCAAACCAGUCGCAAGAUGUCAUCAGCAUGGCAAACUCUACGAAAACAUGCCGACGAGUGCAGCUGGCAUUGCGUCAGCACCUUGGCCAUGGUUUGAACUUGUUUUUCGGCGCCCUAAAUGGCUUUUCCACGCACAACUUCGCUGAUGGAUAUCAUCCAUUGCUUUACCAGUUGACCGGCGACGCUUCAUUGAAUUUGAAGCGUCAAGUUCCUUUAUUUUUGUCUCGUUGCUUGUUUCUUGUAAAGGAAUGCAUUCGGUUGCUUAAUGGUUCCAAUUUUGCCUUGAUUGAGCCGGCAGCUGUCAACAUCAAUGCAGUGGAAAUCAAAGAGCCGGAUGACAAUGGGCUGGAAGUAUCAGAUGUUGAAAACAACUUAGAUCCAGAUGAUGCCGAAGAAGAAUUAGCCAGCGCAGAUGAUCAAGAUAAAGUCGACCAAACCCAGGAAGAACAAAACAACGAAACAUUUGCCGUUUUGCGAACAACAACUUCCUUGCAUGAUGAUUGGCUUCAUCGCGGAGAAAUUUUGAGACCAUUGUCCUUCAUUGUUUACGCAUCUCGCGUGCACCGUGUCCGAAAGCCUGCAAAAGUCAACGCAGACAGUGCAGAGAUCUAUUAUCCAUUUGAACCUCACUAUGCCUUAUCGCAUCUCUACUGCCAACAGAUUCGAAAUCGGGUUCGCAUCACAAGAUUGGUUGGGUGCAAACCAUUGGAAAAGCAAAGCCAGAACUUUGACAACGCGCAGGAUGAGACCGACAGCGAUGCCGAUCGCCAGGACUCCACCGGAACUGUCGUAUCGAUCGACUUUGGAAAUGGCCAUGAACCAGUGCAUCAUGGAAACUGUCCUGGAGAAAUUUUGUUGAAAGUGCUUCCUGCUGCCAUCUAUGUGCAGCUGGAUGCCUGUGAGCUGGAGUUCUUGCCUCCAACACCCUGUAAUGUGCAGAUAGAAAAGGCUAAACAUCAAGAAGGUUGCAACGGCUUGCUCUCCAACAUCAGUGCUGCGACCUUGAAGAUUUGCAACUAUCACGUUCGAGUGCUGCAACUUGAAAAGUGUGUGGAUCAGCUGGAAUCCGGCUUGGAGCAGUUUCACCACAAGUUCCGGCGGAAAGCAGAAACGAUGCGCAGCUUCGCUGCAGCUUUGUUGCAUCAGACCUGGCCACGAUCCUCCGCGCCGGGCGCCGCCCGAUCGCCGCCCUCCACCGUCUCGCUCGUUCGGCGCUUCGAUUCCCUGUACACCAAUCCCGGUGUCUACGUCAACGACGAGGGGCUCCGCCCCUCGGAGCUGCCAUUGUCAUGGCGACGGAAGGGAUGCGACGGACCGCAGACGGGCGUCUGUGGGCACUUCACUUGCCUCACCUGUGCAGAGCACGUGCAGGACGAGGCCACCGAGCGCUUCCGCGCCUGGCGCCAGCGCCGGGAGCCGCGGAUCCCGAAGCCUCCGGGACCCGUGUGUCCCUUGUGCCGUGCCACCUUCGCCGCGGCGGUGCGGCUGAGCGAUCCCUCGGUGGAUCCCAAGAGCUUCUUCCGCUUGGCCUGCGAGAAGUAUGCCAUUGGCGCGAUCGAAGCGAUCUUGCCGGUGAAUGCUUCUACCUUUGCACCGAUCUUCGACCAGUUAUGGCCGCAAUGGUGCGAAGCCCCCGACGAGGGGAUGAAAGAAUCAGACUUCAUGCGGCCUGAUGGCAUGUUGGCCUGGUUGAGCUCCCAUAUUCUAGAGAGGAAGAUAGAUGAUCAGCUGGGUGUGCCACCCUCGCUGCAGGAGGCUGAGAGUUGGUUUCGGCACUUCGACUUCCACGGCAAUGGACAUCUCUCGAAGUCCGAGCUGCUGCGGGGCAUUGUGAAGAGCUACGAUGUCGCACAGUUGGUGCCACAGACGCCGUCGAGGAAAGCACGUACAGUCGGAGUCUACAAGCUCCGAGAGCUGGUCGAGGCACUGUGGGACGAGGACCGCUGGGAUGCCGCGGGCGUCUCCUUCGACGACUUCGUUGGGCGGAGUGGCCUGGCGCAGCGGCUGCUGGACGCCUUUCCGCCUGACGCCCGGCGUGAGAUGAGGAGAUUUGAACUUGAUCGAGAAAGUGUAGAAGAGGCCCUCGCAAAGGCGCGGGCCAGUGAUUUUCAAACCAUCGAAGAGGACGAGGCCAGAGCGAAGGAACGUGCUGAGAAGCAGAAGAGACAGCUGGCUCCAGCACAACCGCCUGAGAUGCCGGUUCCACGGCAAAGGAAUGGAGCUCAAGUGCUUUUGGCGUCGCUGCUCGAAGCAGCGCAGGAAGAGAGUCGUGUCGGCGCGACACAGCAGAUUCAUAUCCAAUGUCCCUUCUGCAACGCGGUGAACGCCGCGCGCGCCUCGCAGCGGCAUCGGAUCAUCUGCGGCGCGUGCCGGAGCGUCUUCGCGGUGCCGCAACUCACCGGUCAGCGCUGA